GUUUGCUUUAAAAACUCUUGGCAGUUGUUAAGGGCUUUUGAAAAAGGGCCACCAUGGAAAUUCUCCUUUGGUUGGUUUGUUUAAGUCAUCUGUGGGUUUGCCAAGUGCUAAGCUCUCCUGUUAGAUGCCAGAUAAACCAGCCACAGCUCCAAGAUGUGGAACAUUUAUCUGGCUACACAGAUGCACAGUCGACCUUUAUCCAGCAAGUGAGUGACUACCAUAAGGCUUCAGUGAUAGAGGAUGUCUUGGCUGCACUACUCUCUCUAGGAAGCAUAUCUGACCCUAUGGAGGCACGAAGAGUGUACUUGGAAACUCAAGGCUUAAUUCUUAGUUCUGGAAAGAAUGAUUCUGGAACUGUGAGCCCUCCUGCAAAAGCCAAUGGAACUGCAGCAUUGCAGCCUGGAUCUGAGGAGGGUUCUGGAGAAUUGGGCCCUCCUACAGAAGGUCUGGUGUUGCAACCUGUGUCUGGAGAAGUGAGCCCUCCUGCAGAAACCACACUGUUGCAUCCUGGAUCUGAGAAGGGUGUGUCUGGAGAAGUAAACCCUCCUGCAGAAGCUGCUGAAGCCACAGCAUCACAGCCUGGAUCCGAGAAGGCUUCAUCUGGAGAAGUGAGCCCUCCUGCAGAACCCACCGUGUUGCAGCCUGGAUUCGAGAAGGCUUCUUCCAGAAAUCUAAGCCCUCCUGCAGAGCCCACCGUGUCGCAGCCUGGAUCUGAGAAGGCUUCUUCUGGAGAAGUGAGCCCUCCUGCAGAACCCACCGUGUCGCAGCCUGGAUCCGAGAAGGCUUCUUCUGGAGAAGUGAGCCCUCCUGCAGAACCCACCGUGUCGCAGCCUGGAUCCGAGAAGGCUUCUUCCGGAGAAGUGAACCCUCCUGCAGAACCCACCGUGUUGCAGCCUGGAUCCGAGAAGGCUUCUUCUGGAGAAGUGAACCCUCCUGCAGAACCCACCGUGUCGCAGCCUGGAUCCGAGAAGGCUUCAUCUGGAGAAGUGAGCCCUCCUGCAGAAACCACACUGUUGCAUCCUGGAUCUGAGAAGGGUGUGUCUGGAGAAGUAAACCCUCCUGCAGAAGCUGCUGAAGCCACAGCAUCACAGCCUGGAUCCGAGAAGGCUUCAUCUGGAGAAGUGAGCCCUCCUGCAGAACCCACUGUGUUGCAGCCUGGAUUCGAGAAGGCUUCUUCCAGAAAUCUAAGCCCUCCUGCAGAACCCACCGUGUCGCAGCCUGGAUCUGAGAAGGCUUCUUCCGGAGAAGUGAACCCUCCUGCAGAGCCCACCGUGUCGCAGCCUGGAUCUGAGAAGGCUUCUUCCGGAGAAGUGAGCCCUCCUGCAGAACCCACCGUGUCGCAGCCUGGAUCCGAGAAGGCUUCUUCUGGAGAAGUGAGCUCUCCUGCAGAACCCACCGUGUCGCAGCCUGGAUCCGAGAAGGCUUCUUCUGGAGAAGUGAGCUCUCCUGCAGAACCCACCGUUUCGCAGCCUGGAUCCGAGAAGGCUUCUUCCGGAGAAAUGAACCCUCCUGCAGAACACACCGUGUCGCAGCCUGGAUCCGAGAAGGCUUCUUCCGGAGAAGUGAACCCUCCUGCAGAACACACCGUGUCGCAGCCUGGAUCCGAGAAGGCUUCUUCCGGAGAAGUGAGCCCUCCUACAGAACCCACCGUGUCGCAGCCUGGAUCCGAGAAGGCUUCUUCUGGAGAAGUGAGCCCUCCUGCAGAACCCAUCGUGUCGCAGCCUGGAUCCGAGAAGGCUUCUUCUGGAGAAGUGAGCCCUCCUGCAGAACCCAUCGUGUCGCAGCCUGGAUCCGAGAAGGCUUCUUCUGGAGAAGUGAGCCCUCCUGCAGAACCCACCGUGUCGCAGCCUGGAUCCGAGAAGGCUUCUUCCGGAGAAGUGAACCCUCCUGCAGAACCCACCGUGUCGCAGCCUGGAUCCGAGAAGGCUUCUUCUGGAGAAGUGAGCCCUCCUGCAGAACCCACCGUGUCGCAGCCUGGAUCCGAGAAGGCUUCUUCCAGAAAUCUGAGCCCUCCUGCAGAACCCACCGUGUCACAGCCUGGAUCCGCAAAUGCUUCUUCUGGAGAAGUAAACCCUCCUGCAGAAGCCACAGCAUUGCAGCCUGGAUUUGAGAGGGGUUCUUCCAGAGAUCUGAGCCCUCCUGCAGAAGCUGGCAAAGCCAUUCCAUCACAACCUGGAUCUGAGAAGGUUACUUCUGGAAAAGUGAGCCCUGCUGCAGAAGCUGGCAAAGCUGUGCCAUCACAACCUGGAUCUGAGAAGGUUACUUCUGGAAAAGUGAGCCCUGCUGCAGAAGCUGGCAAAGCCGUGCCAUCACAACCUGGAUCUGGGAAGGGUUCUACUGGAAAAGUGAGCCCUCCUUCACAAGCAGGUGAAACUGUGCUGUCUGGUUCCAAGAAGGGUUCUUCUGGAAAAGUGAGCCCUCCUGCAGAAGCUGGCAAAGCUGUGCCAUCACAACUUGGAUCUGAGAAGGUUACUUCUGGAAAAGUGAGCCCUGCUGCAGAAGCUGGCAAAGCUGUGCAAUCACAACCUGGAUCUGGGAAGGUUACUUCUGGAAAAGUGAGCCCUGCUGCAGAAGCUGGCAAAGCCGUGCCAUCACAACCUGGAUCUGGGAAGGUUACUUCUGGAAAAGUGAGCCCUCCUUCACAAGCAGGUGAAACUGUGCUGUCUGGAUCCAAGAAGGGUUCUUCUGGAAAAGUGAGCCCUGCUGCAGAAGCUGGCAAAGCCAUGCCAUCACAACCUGGAUCUGGGAAGGUUACUUCUGGAAAAGUGAGCCCUGCUGCAGAAGCUGGCAAAGCCAUGCCAUCACAACCUGGAUCUGGGAAAAGUUCUGCUGGAAAAGUGAGCCCUCCUUCACAAGCAGGUGAAACUGUGCUGUCUGAAUCCAAGAAGGGUUUUUCUCGAAAAGUGGGCCCUCUUUCACAGGCAGGUGAAGCUGUGCUGCUGCGGCCUGGAUCUGGGAAGGAUUCUUAUGGAAAGAGCAAAUGUGGUCACUUGAAUCAGAAGUGGAGUGUGAGGGUUUCACGGUGGUGAAUGCUGCUGUCCAUGUGUCCCAGGAUGAAGCCUUCAGUCAUGUGGUGGCCCAAGAAUUUCUGAGCACAUAAAUGGGACUGAGCUUGAGAACCUGGCCUCUGUUUGUCUGACAAUAAAUCUUUCUUGCCUGGAAA